UCGGUGCCGGUGAAGGCGGCGGUGGCGGUGCCGCCGGCUCCCGCCGCCCCCCCGGUCCCGGCCCCGGCCCCGGCUCCGCGUCCCUAUGGCCGGGCAGGAGUGGGACUGGUUCCAGCGCGAGGAGCUCAUCGGGCACAUCAGCGACAUCCGAGUGCAGAACCUCCAAGUUGAACGCGAAAAUGUACAGAAGAGGACCUUUACCAGAUGGAUAAACCUGCAUUUGGGAAAGUGCAAGCCUCCUUUGAAAGUGAAAGACUUGUUUAUUGAUAUACAAGAUGGCAAAAUCUUGAUGGCGCUCCUAGAAGUCCUGUCAGGACAAAAGCUGAUGCAUGAAUACAAAUCUUCAACCCAUCGCAUUUUUCGUUUGAACAACAUAGCCAAAGCACUUAAGUUCUUGGAAGACAGUAAUGUAAAGCUUGUUAGCAUCGAUGCAGCAGAAAUAGCAGAUGGCAAUUCCUCUCUGGUACUUGGACUAAUAUGGAAUAUAAUCUUGUUUUUUCAGAUUAAGGAGCUUACAGGCAACCUCAACAGGAACUCCUCCUCCUCCAGCCUGUCCUCUGGGCCCAGUGGUCCAGAAUCAGACACAUCCCCCAGCACUCCCAGCGUGGAGAGAAACAUGUCCAUUACAGUGAAGGAUCAGCGGAAAGCCAUCAGGGCCCUUCUAAUCUGGGUUCAGAGGAAAACCAGAAAGUAUGGCGUUGCAGUCCAGGACUUCACAAGUAGUUGGAGGAGUGGCCUUGCUUUCUUAGCCGUCAUAAAAGCCAUAGAUUGUACUUUGGUAGACAUGAAGCAUGCACUGGAGAAAUCAGCACGAGAAAACCUGGAGGAUGCUUUCAGCAUAGCACAGAAUAAACUGGGUGUCCCUCGGCUCCUUGAACCAGAAGAUAUCAUGGUGGAGUCCCCCGAUGAACAGUCAAUUGUGACAUAUGUGGCACAAUUUCUGGAGCACUUCCCAGAGCUGGAAGGGGAAGACUUUUCAGAUCCUGACAAGGAGCUUCCAAUUGAGUCCACAUAUGUCCACAUCAAAGACACACCAUCAGAAAAGGAAGGCAAAAUCUUGAUUUUAAGUGAAAAUGAAGAAAACAUGUAUACUGUUAAUCAUGAGAGGAGUCAUCCAGCUCCUCCAAAGGUCCAUAUUCAUGAUAUCCCUGAGAGGAUCCCAUCAGAAACUACUUCUGAAAAUUGUAAUGGGAAACUGAGUCAAGGGUUAGGUGAUUUACAGGGAACAUCUGAAGAGGAGCCUCAAAGGCCUACCUCACUGAAAAUUACAGGACCUGUCAGUUUUGAAUCCAAUUCCUCUUGGGAGGUUCUAAAUGAUAAAUUCAUGUCAGGUGAAGAAAGCAUCUCUGAUGAUCCACUGAAACAAAAUGAUGACCUUUCUCCAGCUGUUUUGACACAUCAGAAAAAUUCUGUUGACUCUUUUGAAGAAUACUCUGAAGAAUUAACUAAGGAGACCCCUACUGAAUAUGACAAUGAAACCAAGAGCCUUUCAGCCAAUACUUCUUCUUUGAGUCCAUUAUCCUGGACUUCAGGUAUACUUACAGAUGAUUCUAUUAAUAAAGUCGAAGAGAGUAAACCUCAGUCUUCAAUUCUUUUACCAGAAGAUACAUCAAAACAAGAAGAUACACAGAAAUACGUUCUCCACCUUCUAAAUGAGGAAAUACUUCCACAAGAUGAACAUACAAAAGAAUCACCUGUCCUUGAGACAAUAGAAACAACCCCUUGUUCACUGAAUGGUUCUAAUCUCAAAAGCGAAGAACUGUCUACACAGCAUGAAAUAUCUGAUGAUUCUCUCUCAGAUGUACCUAAAACUCCAGAGGACCUGGACAGCUGUGAUGAAGUUGAAUCUGCAGCUGAAGUGCUACCCAGUUCUUCAAAAGUAUCUGUGAUACCCCAUGAUCUCUUUUAUUAUCCACAUUAUAAUGUUCCCAUAUCAGCAGUUCUGAACGCUUACCUCGAGCCUUGUAUCGAAGGUUAUGAUACAGGAAAUGAAAAAGCUUCUUCUGAAACAGUAACAGAUGUUUUACAUGACAAGAGCUUACCAGAACAGGACCACAAGGAAGAUGCUCCAGAGUCAGAAUUGGAGAAUAAGCUAGGUACCCCUCUGUCAGAAACAGAUACUGAGAACAGUGAGGAGGAAACUACAAAAACAAGCAGUCACGUGAAUUCUUCCGAUGAAAAAGAAGUGCCAUUACUAGUAGAAGAGUUAGAAAUAGAAGAAGAUGGCAAUAAGGCCACCAACCAUGAAGAUUCCACUAUUCCACAACAUCCUGAGGCCAUAGUAGAACAUCUAGAGGAUUUACCAAUAGCCAUAAAGACACCAGACGAAAAUAGUAAUACAGAAGAGGAAGAGAAAAAUAUGAUUGAAGAAGAUUUGCAGAUCUCAGAAGCUGCCACUACUACCCUAUCACAAGAUGACCUGGAAGAAAAUGCUGAAUUCCAGGAAUUUACCAGAAGCAGUGACAGUGAUGCCAACAUUCAUCUCCGAAAAAGGUUUUCUCGUAAUGCUUCUGAGGAGGAAACCUAUGGUGUAAAUGAGCCGAAGAUGACAGAUAUGGGUGAAAAUCCAUUAAUCAUCGGAGCUCAGUGGUGCUGGCAGAAUCCAUCAGGCUUUGUCCUUAUGAACCACGUGGAAAUUUGUGAAAGGAAGAAAAAGGACUUGGAAGCAAGCGAGACUCCAGCACCAACUCGUGAGAUAACAAUUUUUGAGCAGCCAGAGCUAUUCUACUUUGUUAUUUUCUUUUGGGUGCUGGUCUACUGCCUUUUACUCCUUCCACAGCUUCUUAGCAACAAAGUUUGAUCUGUGUGAGGUGUGGAAAAUAAAGGGAUGGUGGCUGGAUUGCUUUGUGUAUCUGGAUAUGAAUAUGUUCCUUCAGGUGAAGCACAAACAGAAAUCCGGGACCUGGUAUUUGUGUUUAUUAUCAGGUUGUCCUCAAUUCCACUACUGUUGUGCUAUGACAGUGUCAAAGCACGUUUUAUAUUAUGGUAAUUGUGUAAAUAUAUAUAAAAAUUAUCUGAUUUAGUAGAUGCGAUUUUGUACAUUUGUGCCUUGCUUUAUAAGAUGCUCAAUAAAACCAGAUAAUUAUCAGUAGAAGUAUGAACAAUUCAGAGCUCUAGUCUUCAAAAAUUAUUCUUCUGGCUUCACUUUGCUAUGUAGGGCCUGAUAGCUAUGGAAGAGGGAUGGUGUUGACUUACCUCUGGAUCUGACCACCUGCAAGGGCAAGGCUAGAAAUGCUUCUUCACAUUUUCCUUUUGAAAGAGUUGGAGGCAGAGCAGAGCUACAGGUAGUGAAACACACAUCAGGAACUGAUUACAGUUCCAGCAGCAAAUCCAGUGGAGCAACAAAAUCAGGUUGAGGGUUUAUUGGGGUAGGGAAGUUUGAUUUUUUUAGGAUUUAGAGUAAUGUUUAUCCUGUACCUUUUGGUAUGUUUGAUUUUUAGGAAUAAAUUGGGUACGGAGAAGUGUGAAGAACCUACAUGCUAGCUGCUUCUUAUAUGGGAAAUCUCAGGCCAGAAACUAAAGUUUUUUAAAAGUACCUCAAUGCUUCUGAGUCUGCUUUUGCUACAAUUUCUUUGCUGCUUUUAUUAACAAAUCACAUAAAGAUUUCUCUCUUUUGCAGAUACAAAAAAUAACAGGUAACCAGUUUUGCUGAGGCUACUGUUAAGGCACUAGGGCAUGGUAAAAGAACUAGAAAGAUCUUUUAAGUGUCCAGAUCAAUUGAGAAAGAAAUGACAGAUGUAAAACUAAAUACAGAAAAAUGCUGACGAGUAUUGACUUCCUAGUGCGACUGAAGAGAUUCCUGAGGCUUAUCCAUGGGCACAGUUGAGCUACUUCUGCCACUUGUAGUUUUUGUCCACAUCAGUGAUCACUUUAGGAUAUUUCAUAUAGGAUUUUAGCCAGAGAAGGUGUAAUCCAUUUUGUAGGACAAAAGAGAAGUCUUCAAUUUCAUAGCAGAAACUUCUCUCCAUGUGACUUUUAGUGAAGUCACUACUUCUAAUUGGCACAUUUUUAGUUUCAUGGUAUGCUUUAUGAGACUACAUCACAUUGCUGCUUCCGUCUGAAAAUUCAGAAGGUAGAAUGCAAUGUGCUUCCUAAAAUGAAGGGUUUUAUAAUUUUACAUUGAGUGAAAAUUAAAUGACAUGGCUAUAAGUUUUACAUAAUGUGUUGUAGCAUAAGAUGUAUCCUUACCCUGGCUAAGUUUUCAGAUGAACUAAUAGCACGUGGGAUCAAGAUACAUCAAAAUAUACAGCAAUUUAUUUACAGGUAUUUAAAACCUGUCUGUAGUCAUGUUAUCUGCUGGGGCAAUCCUAACCAUCUAUCACACUUCAUUCUUCUUCAUAAGCUUUUUGUUCCCCUAGGAUUUUUCUUCUGAGCUGUAGUUAGAAUUCAAUAGAAGUAAGGAAUGACAGGAGAUCUUAAACAUUGAAGAUAAAAUUCUGAAGCCCUUUCAACAAAGCUGAAAUCUUUUGUAUUCUGCCCUGCCACUGUUGACUACAGCUGGAUUCACCCCAUGAACCUAGAAAUAAGAUCCAUUGUUCUUGAUGAGGAAGAGAUCCAAAUGUCCCAACUUAAUUUGGUUUAAAUCAGCUUAAAUUUCUUUCAUCCUGUUCAUGAAAGCAUUCAAGAUUCUGAGUCAGCUGAUUUUGUGAUCCAUGAACCUGUUUGUGCUUGUUGUGGAAGACAGUGAUACUUUCUUCCAAAAGAAAACCUAUAUGAGAAUUUUUGAAGGUGCUUUCUGGAAGUAGACUAAAUAGAAAUAUGAAGGGUUAGUGCUUUCUCCUCUGAAAGAAUAAAAUUUAGUACAAGAAACAUUUUAUGCUUAUCCUGAAAACCAGGGAAUACCAGGCUGGGAUAUGGCAUCUAUUUAAUAGCUGCAAGCUGUAGUGUACUGCACUAGUUUGGAGCAAAAUGUUGACAGCUUUUCAUUAUGUUCCACUCUUCAUAGGCUUCUUUGGUUUAUGAUAACUUUUUCUGACCCUUUGUAUCUUUACUCUGGUUCUUCCAUGUUCACUUCAGCAAAGGCUAUUUGGAGUUGGUUUACAGUCUCUUUAUAGGGCUUAACAGCUAUCAAAGUUCAGUGAAGUAUGCAUUCUUCUUCUUUCCUUCCUCCUAAGAAAAUGAAUCAGGAUGAGGAGCUCUUUGGAUGUCUUAGCUAAAUAACUUCCAUGAAGAAUGGAAAGGUGAAUGGGAACGCGCUGAUGCCAGAAAUAUCAUUACACAGUAUUUUUCUCCAAGAAGGAGAAAACCCAAGAUUUUCUUUGCUACCUGCCACUGAUGAACAGUGACUGAUACACUGAAGUGAGCAGUUUAAAUGUUAAACAGCAUCCCACAUCCCCACUGUACUGGUCAUCUCCACCAGUGUUUUAACUGAGGUACACUUUCCAGCCUGUCCCAUUGAGAGACAGAGACUGCUUCUUCCAUCCAAAAUAGAUGGAAAAAAAUACUAAGCCAUUCCAUGAUACUUGGUAUUACAUUGCUUUCAAUUUUUAGGUUUGUUUUGUUGUGGGUGUGCUAUAACAGAAGCAGUGUACCUUACCCAGUCAUUCCACGGGUGAGAAGAUCCAGGGUGAAGCGCUGAGUGAUUAUACCAGUGCUGUCAAUUGUGCUUAAAAAAACUGAACUCUUCAAGACUUUUGCAUUUACCUUGAACUGUAAGGACUGACAUCUGCAUAAGCAGCAGCUUCCCCCACUUAAACUGACUUGUGAGCCUGCACCUCUUCUUCCACAGUGCAAGAUCCAAUUCCUUAAUGCAAGUGCCCUGUUCUGAAAACACUGCUUGGUUUUGGGGUUUGUGGCCUUUUCUGAGCUACUGCCUAAAAGCCUGAUUAUAAAACAUUUAUUAUGGCAAAGCCUAUUUUAAGUUGCUGCCCAGAGGACUGGCUGGUGAUAGUGGAGGGUUUAAACUCUGGUGGGCAAUCCAUUGUCUACCCAUUUUCCAAUAGGUAUGUGCACUGUCUGAAUACAGAGGUUUUGCUGAACUUUUGUCUGGGUUGAAAAAUGCUAAGCUUGAACUGACCACAUAUGGUAUGUUGAUUUGGCAGCUGCAUUCAGGUACACAGGGGUACUGAUCUGUUAAGACUCUUUCUAAAACCUACUGAUUUUGAGCAAAUGUGGGUAGCAGAGCAUUGUGAAGUGUAAGUGUCAGGAAGUGCCUUGAGGAUCACUGGAUAAAGGAUGUUUGGUGUUCACAGAAGCAGCAUUAAAAAGUGGCAACUGUUGGAUGUAGGAUGGUUCAAUGUCAUUGUAGUCAUGUAACUUAACCACAAAGUGUUUCAUCGUGACUUUAUAGAAAGUGCAAGGAAAGAUACACCAUUAAAGACAGAACCCCACUAAACAUUUAUGGGGCAGAUGACUUAGAGUUGAAGAAGUGAGUAAAACAGUCACAUAAUCUACAAACUGACCAGAAUAUAGCUUUUGCCAAAUUGCAGAAAAUUAUCAGUGCAAAGGCAGGGCAAACACAGACUACAGUAAAAAACGACAAUCAAUUUUCAACGCCAUGAAUAUUUUUGAAAGAUUGAGCUCUAAAAUGUAUUUUUAUUGAGUUUCUAGUUUGUAAUGAAUGUGUCUACAGAAUUUUAUGCAAAGCUUGAGAGUUCAGCUGUUUUAAAAUGAUUUUUUUAUAUAGCAGUGAUUAUUUUAUCUUUAUAUUUAAUAGAAUUAUAAAACCAUUUUAAGAGUACCUGUAAAAUUCUAUGUAUGUGAUAUGAUUAUUUAUUAAUUAUGACUCAUGAGAAUGAACAUUAAGCUAUGCAUUGGUUGUGUCAUCCAUUUGAAAACCGGAAACUGCAAACAGGAGAAGAGCUUUUAAUGAACAGCAGAUCUGAAAAGCAGGGGAAAUGAUUGAAUACAUUUGUGUGAUUCUUAAAGCUGCAUAGCAAUAUGUCAUUUUGUGAUGUUAAACUUUCAGCUAAAGUUGCAAAAUAUACUGAGUGAUUGAGCUACUUUCUUCCGUUAAAACUUCCUGAGGCUGAAGAUUCUACAUGUUGAUAGCUGGCGUCUAAACACACUAAAUCACACUUUCUGGACACUCUCAGUUUACUCCUGUUCAGUAUGACUGUAACUUCUUUAUUCAAGUAGUGCUCCACUGAGUUUACAAGGGUACCAUGCCAUACCCAGUGGGGGGUUUUAGGGUUCUCUGCACUAAUCCUCAAAGAAUCCGAGCAUUAGGAGAUUCAUUUGGCCAGUGUAUGUGGUAUCACAUACAGUCAUCUAACACAAUAAUAAUUAUAACUGUGCAUUAUCACUUAUGCUAGCUUUAAAUACUUGGGAGUCCCUUCUUGCCAAGCACAAACGUGAAUGCAUCCAGUGAUGUGUUCAGUUCCUCUACUUCUGUGGAAGUCAGUGCAACACAUCUGUGUGCUAAGCACACACUACAAGAUCUGGCCCUGAGGGCACUUAAAUCAGCAUCAACCACAUAGGCCAGGAAGUCGCUGAAGCCUAUGCAAUGCCCAUGCAAAUCCAAUGUACACCAACAAUACACCACUCACUUCAGUUACCUCCAUUUUACACAGAGCAUUUGUUUGCCUAAAUUCUGCAGAAUCAACCCUCCAAAGAGAGGAAGUUAACAUCUACUUCCAUCUUCAACUAAGAGAACAGCAGCAGGGAACAAAUAACUGGAAAACAAGGGUGAAGUUUCAGGCUGGGGUAUGGCCAUGGAAAUUCCCAAACUGCUACAGCUAUAUAAAAGCUCAUACCAUGACAAUAGGUUGCCUGCUGUUUCCAUUGAGAUUAUAGAUAGCAGAUCUGAAUGGAGGUAAAACCACUAAAUCCUUUGUAUUUCUGCAUUGUGCAGGUUUUUGUCAGGUAAAUAACUUCCCCUGGCACACUACUGAUAACACUAAUUUACAGCUACCCAACUUACCAUUGUUCAUGUUCCAGGUUUGUAUAUAAACAGGACACACAGUGUGGCUUGUCCUCACCCAUACCAGCCUGAGAUCAUGAAGCCGUUCAUGCAGGAGAAUGGGAUACAUGCACAUUAAAUGAGAUGGAAAAGUCAUGUUCUCUGUGGAGUAACUCACUUCCUCUGUCCAUAGCUUCACACAACUCCAGAGCUCACAAAGGGUGAAAAAUUAAUCCUUAUUUUUUCAAGUGCCAUAGUCAUUUCAGGGUUAUCUUAACUGAAAUUCUGGAACAUCAAAGUAUUUCUUUCCUCCACUAAAUGUAAGAUAUAGAAAACCUCCUUCCAGUGGCACUUUUGACAAUUCCUUUCCAAGCAGCUGCUACUGUUGAUAUUGGAAAAUGAAGCCCAUGUUAUUUCUCCCCAUAGUGGGGGGAAAUAUCUUAAGUCUAUGUCUCUGGAACAAACAUAAAAUUGGCCCCUGAGUGAUUAAUAUAUUUUUUCUUCAUGAAAAGGUUAGAAGGACCAAUAAAAAUUAUUUUACCCUAGUAAGAAAUACUAUAACCUACCAUUCUAAGAAAGGCUAGUUCCUGGUCAUGACUGCUGUGUUAAGGCCAGGUAAUAUCUUAUUCCCCACAUAGUUUCAUUACCUUCACUGGGCCUUCCUGGAAUCUCUUUGAUUCACAGAAUAGAUAUGCUGUGUCCAGGGACUAGUUUGUACAGGGGGGUCCUUGGUCCAUGGCCAUUAUUAAGACUGUAACAGAAAAUCACUCUUGUUUAUUUCAAAAUGACUGUUCUGAUGUGAAUCAAUUAACUUUCAACGUAUAUGCUGCUGAGUUCUUGAGAGAAACAAUGCAGUCACAUUUUAAUGCCAAAUAAGUUACACAAGUCAAAUAGGUAUUUUUAUUGUAAUGAAAAGUUCAACUUGUACUUUUGUCUUGGAACAAAACAUUUUAGUAGGCAUACCACCUUGUGCUAUUGUAUACCGCUGUGUAAAAAGCUGAAUAAAUGGUUUUACCUUUCUUGUUAAAGUUCUCUAGUUUAAACUGUAAAGUGCUAGAUGGCUAAAGAGUUAAUGAGGGACUUCAUCCUAAAUAAAUAAUUUGUAAGUAAAGAAUCUAAUAUUUAAAAUACAUGUUUCCUUUGGCAAGUGGUAAGGAAUGAUUUUUUUUUUAAAUGAGAACAAAUGCUGGGAGGAUUUGAGUGGUGUCCAGAUAUACUGAAGGAAAUGCAUUUUCAUGUACUUUCAAAUACAUUUCUUUUGAAUACUUUCAGUCAGAGGCUUGUAUUGGGUGUUUGCACUAGUUGAUCAAAGCUAAUUUUUGUGAGAAAGAACUAAAUUCUUCUGUAUAGCUGGUAAACAAAAUGUUUUUAGAAACUGUUAUGCUGUAAUAAGAAUAGUAUUUACUAGUGAAUAGCUCCAAUUUAUUUUACAGAAUCUCCAAUUUUGAAAUAAAUGGACAAGCUUCCUGUA